AUGGCAGACGAUCUACCUUGGCCUGAUAUUGGCAAUGUCGCCAGAGGCGCUACACGUGGGAAUCAAGGCCAGAAGGGCGUUCUAAGCCCGCCCGACAAUGAAGGACGCUGCUCGCUACAAUUGCGCGUUCAGCCUGGCGUUCUGACUGUUCUGCUCAACCGACAGGCGAGCGACUGGUAUCGCCGCCUCGACCAUGAAGUAAAUCAUGCGCUCAAGCUGACAAAAACAUACUGGCGCAAGGCUCGCAGACGGCAGGAUUACGACGCAACAGCUGACCAAGACCAUAUGGAAUUGCACGAAUGGCUACAGCAAUUGAAGGACAAAGUCAUGUCCCAUUUGGAGUUGUUGAUGCAGCGCGGAGACAUCAAGGGGCCACCUUAUAUCAUGCCGGACGACGUCGAGCUCACCUUCCUCAGGAAGUUUAUUGAGCGACAGGCUGCUGGCAUCCCACAUAAUCCCCGACUUCGACAUACGGCUGUGAGCAAACGCUAUGCGCCCCAUGUUCGCCAUUCUUUGCCGGACUCGGAAACACCUGAGCCUUCCGAUGACUCCAUGACAAAUGGAUCUGAUGGAGGCUGGGAUGAUACCAACCCGCCGUAUAUCUCUAACGAAACCUCUGCUCCUCAUUAUACUCAGCAUCCUGUCCAAGCGGUGGCCUACGCCAAUCAUGUCAAAGCGGUUAGUCCGCGUAUAGUGAGCACCUACGAGGAGGAGCUCGAUACAUCCAGACGCCUCCUUCAACAUGCAAGGACUACAUUACGACAGGCACAAAAGGAUACGCAGGAUGCAUUCGCAGUCUAUACCGCCUCCAUAGAAGCAGAACGUAGAGCAUGGCAGGCAGUAGCAGCAGAAGAGGACCGCCGUGACGGACUUGUCACCGUCAUCCUACGGCAAAAACCACAAUUUGAUCCCUACCCGCGCAAGGAAUCUUUCUCAUCAGACAGCGAACUGCCACGUUACUCUCAGUACCUCCCAAGACCCCAUCACGUCAAUAGUGCUGGGCGCCCUCGCACCGCGGACCACAGCGCGCCCAUGCGCCCCGCAUACGCGUGGGAUACCGAACGAUAUGAACACGCUGAAUCGGCUUCUCGCACCACCUCUCCACAGAGCACGAAUUCGAGUCCUCGUGUGCCAGAACGAGUGGCAACACAUAAUUCUCCGCCUGAACGCAAACAUGCUCGCCACUGGGACGAUGAGGACCAGAGUGUUUCCGGACUGCCCCCGCGCAAGCGCUCCAAUCACGGCUCGGCUGAUGGUUCCCCAAAAAUAACAGCGUAG